GAUCUGAGUCAUCAGCGGUUUCGGUCGCUGGAGCUCAUAGUGGAUGCAUCCCCGAAGGGGAAGCUGGAUGUCUGGUCUCCGAUAGGCUAUGCUGGCAGAGUUGCAGCGGCCUUGCCGCUUCAGAGGCUCAGUGCUCUGGCUGUGAGCACGGUCUCUGCACAAAUUAAAAUGGAAGAGGGCCAGAAAAUUGUGGACAAGUUCGCAGAGACAGCUGCAGAGGGGAAGCAAGCCAAGUUGAAGAAAAUGCACCUGGGCACUAUCAAGACUAGGAUGGUGGAGGAUGGCAAAGCUUGGCUGUGGGACCCGGCCACAGGUGAGGCAUGUUGGGAUUGCCUCACACCUAGGCACCAGUCCCACCUGCGACUCAUCCUGGCUCCAGACGAGGGCUCUACACUCUGGGCGGCCUUCACCUUCCUUGCUAGCCAGAAUUUCAAAGUGAACUUCGUUCGCGAUGAAUUGCACAAGUUGCAGAACCAUUACCUGCGAUUGUUUCAGUGCAACAAAGCCGCCAAGCGAGCCUCAGCCGAAAUGCUGUACAUGACAGUGACAGGAACCUGGGCACUCAGUGAGUGGUUGAUGAAGGCCAAACGUGGUCCUUGGGACACAUGCAAAAUUGGAGCUUCCUGGAAACAGGCUGCAGACCGGUAUCUACAGGUGGCCCAUUCUGGGGAUUUGCUGCAGGAGCUCUUUGCUUCAUCCAUUUUGGCAGAGUGUCUUGGAGUGGAACUUACGGGGAGAGGAAUGGCUGGGAUGCAAACGCCGAAGGCACUCACGCUUUUGAAAACGUUUGCGAAGUUCUUGAGAAAGCAAGCAGGCUUCAAAAAGUACUACAGUGCGACACUGCUUGUGGUACUUUGGGGUUGCCUGGAGGAGGGUAUCAACCCUUUCGCAGACAUGGGGGUGGCUGCCACCGGAAACGACGGGCAAAAGUACAGCCGCAUCAUGGACAGCUGCAUCCGAGCCCUUAUUGACGAAGAGGCCCACAAGCUCUUCGAAAGCCUUCAGUUCUUCACAGAGCCCUGGUGUGAGAUGUGCCUGUGGCUCGAGGGCCUGGGCCCGCAAGGCAUGGCCUGUUUGACAACGGAGCCAGACCUCGACGUGGACUUGCAAGUGGUGAAGCGACGAUGCAGAGUGCAACAAGACCUCCUGCGAGACCACUUGGACAUUUGCCUCGUUACCUUGUACGAACUCGGGUCUUACCAGCUGUACCUGAGGGCUGCUCCGGCUUCCAGUGCCUGUCUCCUUCUGACAGAGUCCACGAAAGUCCCCGACUUGGAGGCUGUGCAGGCCACGGUCUUGCAAGCCCUGGAGUUUGAAUGGGCUACUGUGCUGUCGAUGGAACAGAACAAGGUCACAGCAGACCUAUUGCACAAGCUUUGUCCACAUGUGUUGUGGCAGGUUUACCGGGAGACCCUGGUUGGUCUCGAAACUGAUGGGUUCAAGCUGAGCCAGACUGUUCGCGACCUCGUGAUGGGGUGGUUUCCACGACUUAGUUUCUCUGCAAAUAUUGAAGACCAAUUUGCUGCGAUGCAAGACAAUGUCCGCCGUGGAUCGAAGGGUGGGUCAGCUGGGAUCACGAAUCUCAGUACUGUGGGGGUGAAAGCACUCUACGCAAAGAUGCUGGACGGAGACGGCCAAGCAACUUCUGUGAGACUGCAAGACAACGACUGGGAAGGGACGACUGUGCGAGGCCAAGAUGUGCAUUUGGACAGCAUUCUGUCUGGUGCAUCCGGCACGUCGGCUCACCAGCACAACAAGGGGACCUUGAACUACAUGAGAGCUUUUGUCGAGGCACGAAAGCUCCUGGGUGUAGAUUGUGAGAAUACCUUUUUAACAUACUGUAAUUCCAUUAUUCGAUGCAUAUUUGGCGGCCGUUGCAACCAGCUCCCCAUCGAAAAACAAUGGUUGCUGAUUGAUGCUUUCAGCAUAUUGAAACGAAAUAAUGAAAUCGAAUCGGGUCGAAAUUAUAGACUAAUUGUUAAUCUAUUUCAGCAGAUUGCAACCGAACGCCACUCUUGCCGUGCUCCCGAUGAUGAGGUGUGGUCUGGAUCUGGCUGA